CCUAACCAUUGCUUACGUGCAAGAUCCAUCCUUGGUUUAUCUGCCGGCAUACUUUAAUGAACGUUAUGGGAUCUUCAAGUCGGCCAAACAGAGAGUCACCCGCCUUGCCUACCGCCAAUGGCCAAUCUUGGUACAUGAACGGUAAGGGCAGUGCUCCCAGGCCUCUGGUUAAGCCCAUCGCCCUUUGCGGUAUGGGAGUGCGGCUCCCGGGCGCAGUCAAAAAUGCCCAGGCCUUCUGGAACCUGCUCCAGAACAAGCGGAACGGGCGAUGCAAGUAUGGCCCCGGUAAGUCGGGCCACGUCAGCUCCAAUCUUGGAUACUUCCCCGACCAUGUCGACCUCGCCAACAUGGAUACGUCUUUCUGUUCGGCGACAAAGGACGAGUGCGCUCCGAUGGAUCCUCAGCAGCGGCUCCAGCUCGAGGCCGUGUACGAGGCGUUGCAGGCGGCCGGGCAAAGGUCGGCGGGCCUAGGAGGCCGCAAGAUCGGCGUCUUUGUUGGCAGUUUCGAAGGGGACUGGUUGGAGUUGGACCAGCGCGAUAUCGAAAACUUCAACCGCCAUCGGCAAUCCGGCUCAGGUGACUACAUGACGGCAAACCGUAUACACUAUGAAUUCGAUGUCAUGGGCCUCAGUGGGUGCUCUAGCCCCAUGAUCGCUCUCCACGAUGCAUACACAGCCAUCAAUGCCGGGGAGUGCGAAGCACGCGCGAAGCAGCCAUUGUCGGAUGAGCUGGGUGUUUCGUCGCCGAGCGGCUACUACCACACAUUUGACGCCGCCGCCGACGGCUAUGCCCGGGGCGAGGCCGUGUCAGCCGGCCCUCGUAAGAAGCUGAGCGAUGCCCUCCGCGGCGGCGACCCGGUUCGGUCUGUGAUUCGGUCUACCUGCCUUAACGCCGGAGGAAGGUCCUCGACGCUGUCGGCGCCUGUUGCGGACACUCAUGAGUCCUUGAUUCGCCGCUGCCAUGAGCUGGCUGGCAUAAGCGACUUCUCGAGGACGGCUAUGAUGGAUUAUUACGGAACGGGCACCCCUGUCGGCGAUUCUAUUGAGCCCCAGGCCAUUGGGAACGUCUUUGGCGAGCAUGGAAUUUAUAUAGGAUCGGCGCAGCACAUCGGCAAGAUGGUCGUUACCAUGCCUGCCGGUGCCGAUGCCGAGCUGCCGUCCUAA